GAGAGAGAGAGAGAGAGAGAGAGAGAGAGAGAGAGAGAGAGAGAGAGAGAGAGAGAGAGAGAGAGAGAGAGAGAGAGUGGAGGAGUCGGGGAUAGAUGAGUGGAGGUGAUAUGAGAAGAUAUAGAAACAUGAUGCGGUCCUCAGAUGGGCUCCGUCAGAGCUCCGCGUCGCCUAAGUCACCUCUCCGGAGUCUGAGAAGCGCGCCGGCGUUCACUGCAGUUACCAUGCUUGGGAUGGUCGUGAUGUUCCUGUUGGGCUCGUAUAUCUCGGACGUUCGAGUGCAGGACAGGACUCAGAGGAGGAUGAUUGCGUGGAUGGAGAGAGCAGGGGGAGAGAGCGGUGAUGGAGGGGGAUACGCAGUAUGGGGUGGAGAUGACGGAGGAGGAAGAGAGGGAGGAGGGAGAGAGCGAAUUGCAAUGCGAGGGAGAAUUGUCGGUGGCGGCGGAAGUUUCAAGGAAGUAUCUACUUCUUCAUCCGCGGCCAUGGAGGUCAAAGCCUCGUCUGGAUGUCGCUGCCCGCGACAGGAUCCCGACUCAGAUCGCAAUUCGGACGUCGGGACGCAUUGCGACUGCCCAAUCCGGCUGAUACCCAUAGAGGUGGAGGAGGAGAGGAGGCGUAAAGAGGAGGAGGAGGAGGAGAAGAAGAAGGGGGGGCGGCAGGCGGAGGAAGAGGGGUCGAGGCUGUAUAAAGAGGAAGGGAAGCAGGUGAUGAUAUCGACAAGCAACGAAGGUGGUGGGGGUGGGGGAGUAGGAGUAGUAGGAGGAGGAGAAGACGGCGUCGGGACCCACGGCCUUUAUCUGAGAGGCGAUGCCCAAUUCCAAAGCAUGGUCUUGCCAUUGGCAGAGAAGAUGUCGGCUAUGAUGGCAGCCGGCUCGUUUCAGAUACAGCCACAGCUGGAUCCUUUCGCUGGAGCUCGACAAUUUGAGGGAGUCGCGAUCCCGAUCACAAAGCCGGAUCGCUUAUCUAGAGAGGAUAUGAUGCUUCUGGACAAGGCGGCUCGGCCGUUCGCCUCUCCAUUCAAGCACCAAGGAGCAGCAGCUAGCCGUGGCGAUGGCGGCGAAGAUGACGAAGAAGACGACGGAGGUGGAGAAGAAGAAAAAGGAGGAGGAGGAGGAGGAGAAGAGCGAAAAGACGAAGAUUCGCAGGGGAACAAGCAAGCCGCAGGAGGAGGAGGAGGAGGAGAUCAGCUUGCUGCGGCAUCCACAGCCGGGCAUGGAGGAGGAGGAGGAGGAGGAGGUGAAAGAGGAGGAGAUCACGUUGCAGUCACCGCCAUAGCCGGCGGAGAUGGCGGAGGAGCUUUUGUGCCUACGACUGCAGGAAAUGGAAGCGGCUAUGGUGUUCUGAGAGAGAUUGGUGGCGCCAUGAGCACCACCACGACGAUGACGACGAAAACGACAGAAACGACAGAAAGUUCAGCGACAACACCGAUGAGGAAAGCAAAUGGGAGGAGGAGGAGGAGGAGGAAGAGGAAGAUCGCUUUUUUGUUCCUUUUGAGAGGUCCCGCUCCUUUCGCUCCUGUUUGGAAGCGAUUCUUCGACGGCCAUUCCGACGAUGCGUCAAUCUACGUCCACGUGGCACCGGGAUUUCGCUACAACGACUCUCUAUCGAGCUCUGGCUAUGGCGGCGGGGGACCCGCGGCCGGCGCAGACGACGUUCUGGCGGCGGAAUUGGCCGUCUUCGCUCCCAAUGUCAUCAGGAGCGAGGCCGUCGCCUUCGGCGAGAUCUCCAUGAUGGAUGCAGAGCGACGACUUCUUGCCACCGCGUUGCUUGAUCUGAGGAAUAGCAGAUUCAUCCUGCUGUCAGAGUCGUGCGUUCCAGUUCGGUCUUUCGAGGAGGUGAGGGAGAGGUUGUUCUCCACCCCACUCUCCUACGUCGAGGUGCUUCCCGAUGGGUAUCCCGACAUCAGCAUCGGUCUGCGCUACUUCCCGGUGCUGGAGCCGGAGGUGCCACGUCAGCUGUUCAGGAAGGGAUCCCAAUGGUGGGCCUUAAACCGGCGACACGCAGGGCUUGUCGUCGCCGACAUGAUCUAUUACCGAAAGUUCCGUGAUUGGUGUAGGGUCACCAACGAGAAAGCGCAGUGGUGUUUCCCAGACGAGCACUACAUCCAAUCGUUCUUGAUGAUCAUCGAUCCAGAGGGAUUGAGGAAAUGGUCGCCGACCUACGUGUCCUGGCGACCGGUCCCUGGGGAGCCCUUCACUCUGCACCCUACGCCAUUUACGCAGGUGGACGUCAACGAGAACCUCAUGAACACGCUGAGGAACAUGAGAGGUUGCGAUCCCAACCCGUCCCAUGAGACGUGUUACCUCUUCGCACGGAAAUUCGACCCCUCCGCGCUCCCUGCCUUGCUCGCCGUCGAUGAUGCCCUCCACAUGUGGGGGUCUAAUUAUACUUCCGACCUCUCCCUCGCGUCAGGAGACAGAGGCAGGGCUGCUCCCGCGCGAUAACCGGACACCUAGAAAAACACGAAAGUGGGUGGGGGAGAGAGAGAGAGAGAGAGAGAAGAGAAGCGAACGUGUGUGUGCGUGUAAGAGAGAGAGCACGAACGUGUGUGGGUGGGUGGGAGA